AUGGAGCAGUGGUUCAAAAGCCAAUACGACGUUUUUUACUAUAGAAAUAAAUCCCUCAAAAUCACCAGCACGCUGAAAACGUUGUUUUAUUCGAACAACAGCGACUUGCGGAACGGCCUAAUCGAAGACAGCCAUGUCGUCGUGAGCAGCAGUGAUAAUAGAAAGACUAGUGAUAAUGCGAGUGGGAAGAAGAAGAAGACCGGCGAAGGAGGCAAGGAGGAGACGAUAUGGAGAAGGAUGAGCUGGCAGAGCUACAGGAAGAGGAAGCAGAAGCGGGAGGAAGAGAAAACCAAGCCUGUGAUCGCAGCCGUUUUAAGAACGUACGAUAAAAGACCAGUAGUGACUCGCGAAAAUUCGUUGUGGCUGUAA